AUGGAUCAUUCGAAUAUCUGUUCUGCUGAUUUGGACUAAUUGCACAUUGUAAUUCAAUAGAAAAUAUUUGGCAAAGAAGAUACCUUAAAAAGUGUGACCAUGAAAUUCAUUGAAAAAUACAAAAAAACAAAUAUUUUAGAGCAAGAUAAAAAGUAAUAUAUCAAUAUAUUUAGACUUUUAGAAAGAUUUUCCUUGAGACUCUAAGAAUUGAUGGAGAAAUGCAAAUCUCAAGAUCAAAUAGAGUACUUAUAGUCAAUUCAAAGGAAAUUAGCAUCAAUGAGUUUCAUUCGAUUUCUUGAAGUUCUGCAUUCAACAAUUGAUUAGAAAGCAAAUGAAACAGUAAAUUAACAAAAUAAAUAAUCCUAAGGAUGGCAAAUCAAUAACAAAUUAAAUAAGAAUCUUUUUUAAUUUUACGAUGAUCAAUUUUGGAAAUUGUAUGGUCUUCUUUCAUUGAAUUAGUAUUAAAAUAUUGAUAUCAAAGAGAUCACAUAGACAGCAUGAUAUAAUAUUACUAAUCAAAAUAAGAGAAUGUCGAGAGGCUCUUAAAACUUAGUAUGGAAAGGAAUAAGUAGUUUAAUUACUUAUAACAAUAAAAACCACCUCCAUAAGUGGAUGUAUUCCAUAGAAAUCACAAGACUCCAGUUUCCUUUUUGAAUAGGACAAUAGAUCCAUCUCGACAUACUAGAAAUCAGCGAAUUCGUGAGGCCAUGACUUCGAAUAUCAAACUUAGCAAUUAUACAGUAUUAACCAGAAGUCCAAAAAAGCAAUCUAGACCAACAUCGAAAGAAGUACAUUCUGAAAAUGAAUAAUUUUUCUCAUAAUUAUUGGAUAGAAGAUCAAAACUUAAUUCACAAGAUAAAUCAAAUAGUUUCUACUUGUUGUGUGAAUCCAAUGCUAAGGAGAAAGUAUUGAAUUAGGUGCAUUUGCAAUUAAAUUCCUUUCCUUAACAAAGCUCAUUAGAUCUUAAAGCUUCGGCUUAAAGGAAGAUAAGUUCUAUAGAUUUAAAUUGUAAAUAAUUACAAAUAAAUAUAGAAUCAUUCAAUUAAUAAAUUAUAUAAUCUGAGUCUGCUACUCCAAAGAAAUAAUAGAAAAAAUAGAGAUUCAUUUAAAAAAUCAACCAAACAUUUUACCAAUAAUUGUUCCCUACUUGUAAAAUAAGAAACAGAGGAUUUGCUGCAAUGAGAAAUUAGUUAUUUAAUGAAUCCAGAGCAUUGAAUUGUUUGAACAUUACUAUUAGUAAUUAUAAAGUAUGAACUCUUCAU